AUGCGUGACAUGGGGCGGUCAGACAUCGUUAUCAGUGCCGUUGACGCCCUUGACAUCCACAUUGCCAUGACCAGCAAUGCAUGCGAUAAGUAUCCAGCAAAACAACAUGCGCGGAGAGUAGCAGUGAAGCUCGGUGUCUCGACCGGCCUGGUUUACCUUGCCGGCCAACCUACGGUUAACUGGGGGGAUUCGGACCAACCGCGUCCGUUCCGCCAGCGACGAUACUUUUACUACUUGAGCGGGGUGGACGAGGCGGACUGCUAUGUAACGUACGAUAUCAGGAACGACUUAUUGACGCUCUAUGUUCCCGAUUUCGACCUGCAUCGCGCAGUGUGGAUGGGCCCGACGUUGACAGUGGAAGAGGCACGGGAACGGUAUGAUGUCGAUCAGGUGCGAUACUAUGCUUCGCUUCAGGGCGACGUCCAACGGUGGGUGGACAAGUACAACCAGUCUAGUCCGUUAUAUAUACUGCACGAUACCCAGAGACCACGAGUGUCUUCGAACGAAGUUCGCUUUGAUGACGAAUCUCUGUUACCAGCCAUGGAUGCAACCCGAGGAGUCAAGGAUGAGCAUGAGAUUCGAAUGAUCCGCGAAGCGAACCGGAUAUCCGGGUUAGCACAUCGGAGGGUGCUUGAAAACAUCCAUCGGAUGUCGAAUGAGGCUGAAAUCGAGGGUCUAUUUCUGAACACAUGCAUAUCCCAUAGAGCCAAGAACCAGGCAUAUGAGCUUAUCGCCGGGUCUGGCGAGAACGCGGCCGUCCUUCACUACGUGAAGAACAACGAGCCCCUCCGAGGAAGGCAGCUGGUCUGCCUGGAUGCGGGUGCUGAGUGGAACUGCUACGCCAGUGAUGUAACGCGCACAUUUCCCCUGGGUACAGACUGGCCCAGUGCAGAGGCCCGACACAUCUACCAAUUGGUCGAGGAGAUGCAAGAGGAGUGUAUCAAACGGAUCCAGAAGGGGGUGCGAUUUAUUGAUCUGCAGGUCCUCGCCCACGUGAUCGCGAUUGAAGGGCUGAUGCGACUGGGUAUCCUGAGAGGCGGCUCGGUAGAAGAGAUUCGCGAGUCUGGAGCGUCCACCGUCUUCUUUCCACACGGGCUAGGCCACCAUGUUGGACUCGAGGUCCACGAUGUUUCAGCUAAGGAUCUCCGAGCUUCGGAUGCGGACAGGGAUUACUAUAACUCAGUCCUGACACCAUCCACCAGCCACGGGCCCUGCACCCUUUCCGCUCCCGCGUUAGAGGAAGGAAUGGUGGUCACCGUCGAACCUGGGAUAUACUUUUCGCGGCUCGCGCUUGCGAAUGCCCGGAAACUACCCUAUGCAAAGUACAUCGAUUUCAACGAGGCCGAGAAAUACAUCCCCAUUGGCGGCGUGCGUAUUGAGGACGACAUCUUAGUCACCAGCUCCGGAUAUGAAAACCUGACUACAGCGCCCAAGGGCGAGGCAAUGUUAGAGAUCAUCCGUCGCGGGAUCGACAAUUAG